GCAGAUGCUAGAGGUUUAUAAACACCGAGCGUCUUCUCUGCUCAGUCGAGGUCUAUUUACGACCAGAUUAUCGACAUUUCAAAGUCAAACAUGCAUUAUUUCGACGGAAGGUGACAGAUCUAACUGAGAAGAGGAAAUGGCUUGGUUCCAUCACGCUUUACAAAGCUCGAACCAACCACAAGCAUCCAUGAUGAACCCAUCGAUGGAGGCUCUGUCUGAAACGCAGGUCUCCAGUUUCACCAGAACACAAGGUUGGCCAACUCUUCCUCCAGUCUCCAUGACAGACUUUCCUUCUGCUCCAGGAUGCAUCGUCCCGCAGCGUCUGGAAGAUCUGAUCUGCUCAUCCCUCAACACGGGCUCGAGAGAAGACCCCUCGCCGCUGUCAUACGUGACGCUUCAGGAGCAGCGAUGUGUGCUUAGUUGGUUCUUGACGUGGAAUGUCGCUCAAAGGCAACGCUUUCUGGAAGAUCUGACCUCCAAGGCUGUGCCUGGAAAGGUCUCUAGUUUAUUGGACCAGCUGAACACACUACAGGUCAAUGAUCGGCCGCCCAACAUUUUUGAAUGCCAGUUAAGGCUGUGGACUCAGUGGUUUGAUUCGUGGAGCGAGGAGGAGAGAAAUGGCUUUUUGAACAGCUUGGAGGAGAGGGACCCGGUGUUUGUGGUAUGCUUCUACAACCGAGUCGCUGGAACUUCAGGCAGAGAAUGAUGGUUUUCACGUAGGGACUGAAAACCGUGAAAAACAGUCUUUUAUGGUCUGACCAGUCUUUUAAAAUGUGUAUUUUAACAUCUAUGCACCCUACAACCUCCAACCUGGCUUUAUAUACCUACAUGGCCAUUUGUUGCUAAUUGUUACCAUAUUUGGUAAGCUAUUAUGUUGAAAUUGCUUCACUGUAACAAAAAUCUACCCCAAGUUUCUGUAACGGCAAAAGCACUAGAAGUUUUUUCAAUUUAUUAUUCUGAAAUAAAAAUGGAUUUGUCUCCGUCA